AUGAGCCCCGACGGCGACUCGUUUCUGCCUCGCAUCCAAUCUGUCUUUUACGCCGUAUUUGAUGUUCGCCAGGGGCCCAAGGUCGUGUACCAGCUCGGGGUCUCACCCCUUAAGCGAUCCACCUCCACUUCCGCGACUCGCAUGCUCUUCAACUUCGACGACAUCAAAAAAUAUGUGAUCCCUCCCAGCCCUUUGUGCGGACGUUUGGUGAUAUGCACCACAAGGAGGCAUAAGAUAAUCGGUUUUCCAGUUGAACUCAAAGGGAGCUAUGCCAGGAAUUACUUCCGAUAUAAUCUAUGCUUUGUAUUCGAUCGCACAGCGGACUUGAGCUGCUAUGAACCUAUCGUUCGCAAGGUCUCUCGCGUGCUAACUUCGUGCGAGGAAGAAUCGGCAUUCCUCUCAAGUUCACCGGAGUCAAUAUACGGUCUCCUUGAACAACUAUAUGAAGACUUAAACUCGUACUCGGAGACAUCCAUACCCAUCGACCAGUUCAACUCGAUUGAAUUGAAGAUAUUCCCAUUUUACCCCAAUCCGCCGACGGUCAGGGACUGGGCCGUUCCUAUAGCCCUGAUUGACCUUAGGAAACGACAGCAACCGAACUGGGAUCUUACCGUUGUCAAAGUAUGCCAGUACAUCGAUGGUGUCAACCACGUAAAGCGCAUCGCAGACCUAGCGGAUUGUGACUUGGAUUUAGCACGUCAGGCUAUAUCGCACCUCCUCUACUAUCAGGUGGUCAUGAUGAUAGACGUAUUCCAGUAUUCGAACAUGUACACCCUACGAAAGAGUGUGCAAUGGCUCGCCGACGAAGCACACGUCCACAAUGAAUGUGGUCCAUACGUUACAAAGCCAGGCAGGGAAGUUCCUGACUGGCCGAAACUCCUCCGUUUAUACUCACGCCUCAAACCUGGUAAGACCGUCGCAGAAUGGAUGCAAGAGCAAGACAUCCAAUCUCUCGGUAUUGAUGUGCGGCGGUUCACGAGCUUCGGUGUGAUCAAGGGCUUCCUGCAUCGAGUGCACCGUUGGCCGAUCCUGCUUGCUGCCCUACCCCGACCUCCCAACUCCCGGCAGCUGCUGCCUCUACUGGACGGCGAACACCACACGGAUGAGUUGUGUGUUAAAUUUGAAAUUGGAUGGCCCAAACUGGAGCAAUGGCUGGUGAGCGCGGGUCAGGGUAAAGGGGACGGUGACUUCGGAAGGGUCUUCAUCAUCUACCGAUAA